GUCUUCCACUUCACAACUUACGCGGCGGCGAGUCAAGUAAAGGAAUGCCCGACUAGACGCUCGUUUCCUCGAGGCCCUCGCCGCGACGCCCUUUCACUCUGCGACAACAUCGAUCCUUGAAGCAGAGAAGUCGCCGGCGCGUGUCGAAAUGUUUUUUCUGCACAAUCUCGAGCGGCGCGUCACGCUGCACCCUUCCUAUUUUGGAAGGAACAUGCAUGAGCUGGUGACGACAAAGCUCGUUAAAGAUGUGGAGGGAACAUGUGCGGGCGACUACUACAUAAUCGCCGUCAUGGACACCUUCGACGUGUCCGAAGGCCGGAUUCUGCCUGGCAGCGGCCUGGCUGAGUUCACGGUCGGGUACCGAGCCGUCGUCUGGCGGCCGUUCAAAGGCGAGGUCAUUGACGCCGUGACACAUACGGUAAAUCCCCACGGCUUCUUCGCCCAGGCCGGCCCAUUAAGACUGUUUGUCUCGUCUCAUUUGAUGCCGGACGAGAUUCAGUACGAUGCAAGCGCAACACCUGCGCAGUUCACCAACAAUGCCGAUAUCGUCAUUGAGCAGGGUACGCAUGUGCGUGUGAAAAUAAUCGGCCUCCGUACCGAAGUCGGAGAGAUGUGGGCGAUCGGCAGCAUCAACGGAGAUUUCCUCGGCUGUCUGCAGGCUUAGGAUCCUGACAAACGGCCUUCAACCAUUGAAGCCGUUCCGCAGAAGAAGUUGUUCGAGGAUUCUCUGUGGUCGCCGCCAUCCCCGCCCGCAAGAAAGACUGCCUCGUGCAAGCCGGUGCACGAUGAGGCCGCGUGGGUCAGUGCCCUGCUCGACU